AUUGAAAUGUACUUCAGAUGGCAACCCUCCUGCUUUCACCUUCAAGUGGCUCUGUAACGGAAAAGACCUUUCUAGUCGCCGAAAUAUGACGCUCUACAAAACUGUAGCACAAGAUGAAACAGUGACUUCAAGCGAACUUGCAAUAGAAUACCCCUUUUCUGAAGAUUCGUGUGACUUCAAAUGCAUCGCUAAUUCAACAUAUGGCUCGGGAACUACGGUCUUAAACUCAAUAUUUUACGAUCCCCUGGCGAUUGACAUGAUGAAUACUGUUCUACUCCUAGGUUAACAAGACUGUGAGAAGGAAUAACAAUAUGGAUUGCUGUCUUUACAUAUUGCUGUUCUUUACUUUUUUUGUGUCUGAGACAUACGAAGUGAGUGUAUCUACUCGUAUUCAGAACUCGCAAGUGGACCCAGUCAUUGGGGAAGAUGUUACUCUUGUCUGCACCUACGAGCCUUCAUACGAAACUCGAUUACUAAAUUGGAGAAACGGGAAUGGUGAUAUUCUGGCAAGUGAUACAAGAUGUCAGGGGUAUGGAUGCCACAGUAGAUACAAAGUUUCAGACAACAGCAAGUACAGUUUCAUAGCGGAUUCUUCCAGCGGGAAUCUUACUAUUACGACCUUAACACCGAAUGACAGCGGUGUAUAUCAGUGUUUUGUAAGCACGGACUACCACACAGGGCUAAGUCGAAUUCAUUUGAAUAUACAAUCAGCAGCCAUAACAGGAUUGCUAUCAAUCACCGAUCGGUCCAGUGAAGUAUACAUGAACGGAGCAUCAGUAGCCAUCACCUACGGGAGGGCCCAGUACCUGACAUGCUCAAUCCAAAGCGCUAGAAGUCAUGUAGACCUCGAAUGGCAAGUUCCUGAUGAAGUAAAUGCUCGACAGCAAGAUCAGUACAACUUCAUUCACGGUGACGUCUACACGUCUUAUAAAGAAGUUGUGUUAAAUCCAGCCAAAGACGAUGAUGGAAAGAUGUUACGUUGUGUGGCUUUGCAUCAGGAGCUGGACCAUGAAAUACAAUUGUCUAUCGUCCUAGAAGUUCAAGUAUCGCCGACUGAUUUAAUUCUUACUGCAAUUAAUGGAAUAACUACCAGCAAAGAAGGAUCAAGAAGUGCAGUUGUCUUUGAAGAUUCGCCAACAUCAUUCACUUGCAAAAGUGUAGGAUCACGCCCUCAAGCUCAUGUAUACUGGUUCAUUGGUUCAAACAAUCACACUAGAAAUUCAACAUCAAUGUUUAGCAAGAACGAGGUAUACCACGGCUUGCAUGACACUAAGUCUAUUCUGGAGUUGAUCCCGAAGAGGAGGCAUCACAGACAAGAUCUUCGAUGCGUUGCCAUCGCUGGCAUUAGCCAACGUCAAGUAGCAGUGAAGAUAAGUGUUUAUGGACCACCGGAUCCUCCCUACUUAAAUGGAACAGAAGAAAUCCUCGAUGGAGUACCAUUAAACAUAACUUGCACAGCAAACAAUGGCUAUCCUACACCAACGUUCCAGUGGUUUCUUGACACAAACAACAUCACCAAGGAUUCAGACAGCAUAUCUUCUUGGAACAAAGAUCAUUGGGUUGAUGCUAGAAGUGUGCUAGCAAUAACACCAACGAGACACGAACACGGAAAACGACUUGUCUGCGAAGUUCAUCAAGGUGUCCACCGGGAUGGACCAUCUAUGAAAGCUCGGAUUGUUAGUAGUAUUCUUCGUGUUCUUUAUUCCCCAGUCAUUGUGGACCAUUCUGUUCGUCGGGUACCUGUUGACGGAGAUAGCGUGGAUGCCUUGCUCACAUGUACAUCAGAUAGUAGACCUGUGGCCUCAAUAACCUGGUUCUGUAUAAUUGGAAAGGAACUCAACAAUAGCACCCGUCAUCAGAUUCAUCAGGGUCUUACAGAAGAAGAUACCCUGAUUUCGAGUGUUUUGAUCAUUUCAAACAUUUCUGCACAAGACGAUGGCUACUAUACAUGUUUUGCUGAGACGAUGCUUGGGGUAGAUUCCGCCACUCUAUUUUUGUCAUAUUCUAGAAAAAUCUUUCAUUUACAUUCUACUUCGUUUGCCUGUCGUUGUCUAUCAAAUCUAGUUUCAUCUAAACGAGUCAUUUAAACAUGAUAGAUAAUCAUAUAUGUUCCUAUAGAACUCCAUAGUCUGCCCCAAUUAUGCAGAAUGAAGUCAUGCCUUGUGAAAUGAAUCAAUCAAUGAAAGUAUGAAUCUCAAAGACGUUAACAUUUCAUUAGUAGUACGAGACCGCGGGAAACCAUCACGUUAUCUGUAUUAUAAUUCUUAUUCUUCUGUUCCCGCUCCAAAUAUCGAUAUGAAAAUGGCAAGGUAAAUUGGUUGACCAAAUAGAUGAAUUAAUUUGACAGUUCGCAAACUACUGGAAGUUAUCUGAAAUUAAUUCUGUCUUAAACACAUUUUCAAAGAAGACCAACUCGUGAGCUACAUGUGAUUCCUUUACUCGUAAAAACAUAAUAUUAGGCCUAAUUAAAAAAAAAUCAAGUAGAACCGAUGAUUUUUUCUCUUAUCGAGCGCAAUUGGCAAUGUCAGUAUUCAUGUCUCCGACUUUAUUGCUCGUUUGAAAUUUUAGACCUUUAUCAUAGUUUACCAUGUGCUAAUGUUUUGAACUAAUAUAAAAAAAUAUUACUUGAACAUAUUGCAACGAUGUUCAGUUAAAGUUGCUGUUGGUCUACAAAUUCCAAAGCAUUCCAGAGAUCUGUA